AUGUUCAAGGCGCUGCUGGCAUUUUCAGUGCUGGGAACCACACUGGGAAAUGCUCACACCGAUUUAUCUGGUCAAAAAGUGUGCAGGAUUUAUACUAAUGACAGCUCCAAACUAGUCGAGGAGAUGCGCCAAGUCUAUGGCGGAGAGAUCGACAUUUGGGCGAAAAAUGAAGAGUUUGUAGAUGCUUGUGUUCCAGCUGAUGUGGCGUCACAGGUUUCUGGGUGCAACGUUAUGAUUGAGGACCUGGAUAGUGCAAUUAAGGAGACAUAUCCUCAGGGUACGACACAAUUUUCUGGUGUGCAGUCUACCUUCGACAUAGCAACCAGGAAGGUGCAUGACAUUUUCUUUGAAGAAUUCCGAGAUCUGGACACGAUUUAUACGUGGUUAGACCUUCUCGCCCUUACGUUCCCGGAGCUUGUCAAAAUCGAGUGGGUUGGACAGACGUUUGAGGGAAGGGACAUGAAAGCGCUGCACAUAAGCGCAGAUAACAGAGAAAUGAAUCCUGACAAGAAGACAAUUGUAAUCACGGGUGGUGUGCACGCACGGGAGUGGAUAAGUGUAAGCACGGCGUGUUACAUGAUCUACAACUUACUCACAAAAUAUGGCAAUAACAAGAAGGAAACCAAGUAUUUGAACCACCUCGAUUUUUUGGUGAUACCUGUGUUCAACCCCGAUGGGUAUGCUUACACGUGGACCCAUGAUCGUUUGUGGAGGAAAAACCGGCAGCAAACUUAUUUUCCCCGUUGUUUUGGUAUCGACAUCGAUCAUUCAUUCGAUUUUCAUUGGACUGGCGCCGAAGAUAUACCGUGUAGUGAAGAUUAUGGUGGAGAUUCACCAUUCGAGGCUCUAGAAGCCGAAUCUUGGAACAAUUACAUUAAUGAAACGAAGAGCGAAUACACAAUUCAUGGAUACCUUGAUCUACAUUCGUAUUCACAGGAGAUAUUAUACCCAUAUGCAUAUUCCUGCGAAGCAUUACCAAGGGAUUUGGAAAAUUUGCUGGAGCUUUCUUACGGAAUGGCAAAAGCUAUCAGAAAUAAAUCAGGCAAGUCUUACACUGUGUUGUCGUCGUGUCAGGACAGAGGCUCCGAUCUCAAACCGGGGCUUGGAUCCGGAUCGGCUCUGGACUAUAUGUAUCACCAUCGUGCACACUGGGCUGUACAGCUUAAGCUUCGUGAUACAGGAAAUCAUGGAUUUUUGUUGCCUCCAAAAUACAUUGUGCCUGUGGGUAACGAGGCAUAUGCAGCUUUGCGAUAUUUCUGUGAGUUCAUCUUGAACCCUGAAUUAUAA